AUGUACUUGUCUUUAUUGAGGUUUACUUUUAAAGUAUAUGAAAGGCUUCUGGCUAUGAUAUUUGCAAUUGAAGAGAUUCAGUGGGACCAAAAACUUUUGCCAAAUAUUACACUUGGGUAUGUGAUUUACGAUUCUUGUACAACAGCAGCUGGAGUUCUUGAGGGUACAAUGAGGCUGCUUACAGGACAGAGAAAGGCAAUUCCAAAUUAUCACUGCAACACAUUUUCCUCAGCUGUAGCUGUUAUUGGAGAAACAUUUUCCUCGACGUCAAUUCCCAUGGCUAGGCUGCUGGGACUCUAUAAAUUUCCCCAGAUAAGUUAUGGAGCAACAGUUACAAUUUUAAGCGACAAAACUCAGUUUCCAUCAUUUCUUCGGACAUUUCCAAGUGGCCUCUACCAGUCCAUUGGUAUAGCUCACCUGGUCCUAUAUUUUGGUUGGGCAUGGGUUGGACUUCUGUCAGACAGCAGUGAUUAUGGCUUGCAAGGCAGCCUUACUGUAAAAGAUGAACUUGUCAAGGCUGGAGCUUGCAUUGCUUUUUCUGAAACAAUACCUGCAGUGUACUCUGAGAUGAAAAUUCUGUCCAUAAGUGAAACAAUUCGGAAAUCUUCUGCAAAUGUGAUAGUCAUCUAUUCCAUUGAUACUGAUGUCUAUCCUGUCAUGGAAAUGAUUGCAAGGAACAAUGUUACUGGAAAAGUCUGGGUCGCCAGUAACGACUGGGCACAGUCUUACCUAUUUGCUAAGAAUGAGUUUUUGAGAACUUUACAAGGAACUUUUGGCAUUGUAGUGAGAAGAGGGAACAUACCAGGGUUCAAUGAGUUCAUUUACAGACUUAAUCCUUACAUUAAUCCAGAUGAUGUAUUUCUGAAAAUAUUCUGGGAACUUGUUUUUGACUGUAAACUGCAGAUCGUGGAUAACAUUAAUAAAAACCUGACCAAAGAAUCAAAAAUCUGUAAGGGUGAUGAAAAACUAGAAGGCAUGAAAAUGGAUUUUUUUAAACUUGCUGAUUUAAGAACUACAUACAAUGUCUAUAAUGCCUUAUAUGCUGUUGCCCAUGCUUUACAUGACAUGAUUUCAUGCAGACAUGGAGAAGGACCAUUUAUGAACAACACAUGUGCAGUACUACAGAACUUUGAACCAUGGCAGCUUUUACACUACAUAAGAAACACACACUUUAUGAAUAAAAAUGGUGAAGAAGUAUUUUUUGAUGUGCAUGGGGAUCCUCCUGCACUGUUUGGUAUUGUAAACUGGCAAGUAACACCAGAAAAUACAUUUUGGUAUCCAGAGGUUGGUCGUUUUGAAUCCAGUGCAGACAACCAAAAACUAGCAGUGGAUGUACCUGCUAUAUUAUGGAACAAAGGACAUGGGAAGAUCCCUCAAUCAGUGUGCAGUGAAAGUUGUUCUGCAGGCUACAGGAAAGCACCUCAGACAGGCCAGCCAGUCUGCUGUUUCAGCUGUGUCAUGUGUUUUCAAGGAGAAAUUUCCAACCAAACUGAUUCUAUUGCGUGCAUGAAGUGCCCCAAGGAUGGUUGGCCUAAUGAAAGACAGGACAAGUGCAUCAAGAAAGUAAUUGAAUUCCUUUCCUAUGAAGAACCACUAGGCAUAACAUUAACCACUGUUUCCAUAUUCUUAGUAAUGGCUACUAGUGUCAUCCUAACAAUCUUUUUAAAGAGCCAUCACACACCUGUUGUCAAGGCCAACAAUCAAGAGCUUAGCUAUAUGCUUUUAUUAAGUCUUAUGUUGUGCUUCCUCUGUUCUUUAAUUUUCAUAGGCCAUCCCAGACAUGUGACAUGUAUGUUUCGACAAGUAGCAUUUGGUAUAAUCUUUACAUUGUCUAUCUCUUGUGUUUUAGCAAAAACCAUUGUGGUGGUAAUUGCCUUUAAUGCUAACAAGCCAAACAGUAACCUGAGGAAAUACUCAGGCCCCAGACUGCCAAAAAUAUUAGUUAUGCUCUGUACAAUGUUUCAGGUUAUAAUAUGCAUUUCUUGGCUAAUUGUCUCACCUCCAUUUCAGGAUGAAAAUACAACUUCUAUAACAGGAAGGAUAAUUAUAGAAUGUAAUGAAGGCUUACCUGUGGCAUUUUGGUGCAUGCUGUUUUAUAUGGGCCUCUUAGCCACUGUGAGCCUCAUAGUUGCCUUUUUGUCCAGAAAUCUCCCAGACAGCUUUAAUGAGGCUAAAUUUAUCACAUUCAGUAUGCUAGUCUUUAUUAGUGUGUGGAUGUCAUUUAUCCCAGCCUAUUUGAGCACACAAGGGAAGCAUAUGGUAGUUGUGGAAAUAUUUGCCAUUGUAUCUUCAGGGGCUGGACUACUGCUUUGUAUAUUUCUCCCUAAGUGCUAUAUUAUUCUGCUUAGACCACAUAUGAACACCAAAGAAUAUUUAAUGGGGAAGGGGGUGUUUAAGAAUGAAAAAUAUUAA